GAGACGCGUCACCUACGGCAGACGCGGGUCAUGCGAGCCCGGACGAUGAGAUCGUUGACCGAGGGCAGAGGCGCAGUUUCUUCCUGCUGUAGUGACUACCAGCCUGUCAAGGCACUCGGAAAAGGGAGCUUUGGUAUGGUGAGGCUUGUCCGAGAGAAACUACAGCCGGGCGACGACCAUUCUCAGAAGAGGGUAUUUGCAAUGAAAGUCAUUCGAAAAUCUGCCAUGCUUCGCACCAGCCAGGAGGGCCAUCUCAGAGCCGAGCGCGACUUUCUUGUUGCUUCUGAGGGGUCCAAUUGGAUUGUUCCUCUGAUAUCCAGUUUCCAAGACUAUUCCAAUCUUUACUUGGUCAUGGACUACAUGCCAGGUGGAGACUUUCUUGGUCUGCUCAUCCGAGAGAACAUCCUCAGCGAGCCUGUUGCGCGCUUCUACAUCGCAGAGAUGAUCGUGUGUGUCGAGGAGGCUCAUGCACUCCGCUGCAUUCAUCGCGAUAUCAAGCCCGAUAACUUUCUCGUGUCGGCAUCAGGGCAUCUGAAAAUCUCGGACUUUGGCCUAGCUUUUGAUGGUCACUGGUCGCAUGACACCUCCUACUACCAUGCCAGCCGCUACUCGAUCGUCCAGAAGUUAAACCUCAAAGUCGAGGGCGAUAAGCAGGACAGACAAGAUGCGCAAACCCCCUCACACAGUGGCAAAUGGGGUUCCAAUGUCAUGGUGGGCCUUCACAAACACGAGAAGCAGAACCUGUGGGACGGAGAGCCCCUCUUGCAGUGGCGGAACCGCUGUGGGAUGAGAGGGUCGGCCAGGUCGGUCGUGGGAACAAGCCAAUACAUGGCCCCAGAGGUGAUUAAGGGCACCGCAUAUGACGGUCGCUGCGACUGGUGGAGCAUCGGCGUCAUCCUCUACGAAUGCCUCUACGGACACACGCCCUUUCUGUCAGACGAAGGCAGGCAGAAAACAAAGCAAAAUAUCUUGAAUCACCAGUCAGCCUUUUCGUUUCCGAGUCGACCCUUCGUCUCCAACCGGUGCCAGCACCUCAUUGCCAGCCUUAUCCAAGCCAAGGAGACACGACUAUGCAGUCGACGAUACCAGUUCAAGGAUAUGCAACAGCGCUCCCAGCAAUACUCAAGCGGCAGCGGAAGCAAAGGCAGCCAGACGGACUUCACUGGACGUUUCGUGUUUCCUUAUGAUGCUAAGGAUAUCAAAGCACACAAAUGGUUCAAAAAUGUGCCUUGGGACAGGCUUCACGAGCUCGCGCCACCAUUCGUGCCAAUGAUUCGGUCCCCGGAUGACACUCAGUACUUUAACGAGGAUGAGCCCAUCACGGACCUAUCUGACACUGACGACGACGAUGAUGACGACGAGGACGAGGAUGACAAUAAAACCCAGCCCCAAGAUCUGUCGUCGGCGUCAACUGUCAACCAUACACAACAACAACCAACCCCACCACCCUCGAAACCCUCCUCACCCAUCCGACAUGGGGCCCAAGCAUCCACUACACCGCACGAUACACCUGCAGCUACAGCUAUAUCCAAGCGUGCUCAACGCGAAGCCAACCUUGCUGCGGCUCUUUCCGCUUUUGACAGAAGCAUACAGCAUGCAGUACGAUCGUGGCUGGCCGUUCCGUACGACACCCUACGUCUGCGUAACUUCGAGCUACAGGUGGAUACAGAGCCGCGUCUGCGAAAGCCGGAACAGGAAGCUCUGAAGGCUCUCGUACGGAUGUACGGCCGGAAAGAGAGGAAGAGACCACGAGAUCAGCUGCUGCGUGACCCUCUCACUCGAAAGACCGUGAUGGAGGAACGAAAGAAGACGGCGUUCAUGGGCUAUGAUUGGCAGCGG